AUGACUAGAAAAAAAAUCGAAUUGGAAUAUUUUCUAUGAUUUCACCUUUUUAUUCUUUAUAAUCUCUUCCUUAUUCCACAAGGAAAAGAAGAAGAAGAAGAAGAAGACGAAGAAGAAGAAGAUUUCUCUCUUUUUCCUCUUGAUCUACGUAAUCUUACUUAAGUCCAUCUCAUUUUUUGAAAUUCAGAAAAAUUGCUUUGAUUUAUGCGUAGAAUUUGAAGUUAUCUUGUUUUUUUUCUGUUGUUGAUUGUUUGAUCGGAAAGGAAGAAGCGAUUCGUAAAAUUCUCUGCCAUCAAACCGAUGCCGGAUAAUCGACAAGUUCAGAACAAUGGCGUCUCGAAUCAAUCUGCUGAUAACAUUGGGGAAGAAAUUUCGCGGCUGAAAAUUAAUGAUAAUAAUCAAGAGACGGGUAUUUCUAAAUCAUCCUCGUAUCCUGAUCGUCCCGGUGAACCGGAUUGUUCGUACUAUUUAAGGACUGGAGUAUGUGGCUAUGGAAAUAACUGUCGUUUUAAUCAUCCGACAUUUGGUGUUCAGGUUGGCCAAUAUAGAGAACAACUCCCUGAAAGAGCUGGACGGCCAGACUGUGGGUACUUUAUAAAGACAGGAACUUGCAAAUACGGAUCAACAUGUAAAUAUCAUCAUCCAAAGGACAGGAAUGGUGCUGGAGCAGUUAUCUUUAACAUUCUUGGUCUGCCUAUGCGUCAGGAUGAAAAAUCAUGUCCUUUUUACAUGCGGACUGGAUCAUGCAAGUUUGGAAUUGCAUGCAAGUUCCAUCAUCCCCAGCCUGCAUCACCUGGAGCUGGCUUACCUGUAAAUGGACCUGCUGGAUCAACAAUUUUGGCACCCUCAGGUGUGCCGUAUGCUGGUGGUUUACCCACAUGGUCAUUACCUAGGGCACCUUAUGUCUCUGGCCAACGUUUACAAAGCCAAAGCUACAUGCCUGUUUUUGUGUCUCCUUCCCAAAGCAUGAUACCUGCACCUGGCUGGAGGAGCACCUACUUGGGAACUACGAACCCUGUAUCUUCUUCUGGCAUUGUUGGAUCCAGUUUGGCUUACAACUCAGUGAAUCCAGCAGAGUCAGCUUCUACUGGACAGCUGCUCUUGUCAUCAUCAAUGUCUGCUUCAAAUUUUCCUGAAAGACCUGAUCAACCAGAAUGUCUGUAUUAUAUGAACACCGGCACUUGCAAAUAUGGAUCUGAUUGCAAGUACCAUCAUCCAAAGGAAAGGAUUGCAAAUUCAGUUAUAAAUGGAAUGGGUCCACUCUGGCUUCCUUCAAGACCUGGGCAAGCUGUAUGUUCUAGCUACACUAUGUACGGGCUCUGCAAAUAUGGGCCGACUUGCAGAUUUGAUCAUCCUUAUGUGGGAUAUCCUUAUAAUUAUGGUCUAAGCCUUCCUUUAUCUGUGUUCAAUUCAUCUGCACUAGCAUAUCAAAGAAUGUCACCAACAAACCAUUUGUCUGAUACUCCUCUGCAAUCAAAGCUUCCUGAUUGGGCUCGGAACACCAACCCCGUGAGCAAGAAACAUCAGAACACGGAGACAAAGAAUUCCGAUGAUCCCAAUGAGCAGGCAGAUUCGCCACAUUCUUUGCAGAUUUCUUUGAAAACUUCACAGGAUGAUUAAACAGAUUUUAUCUGUCAUUUUGUUGUCUUUUAACUCUCUUUUGUUAAUCCGUACCCACGGAGGAGUUUUUUUUUCGUGAUAUGUACCUCCUGCACCCCUUUCACCUGUGAUCCGGCUGAACGUUUACUCGCUAUGAGCAAAAUGCUGGGGGUCAGGAAGGCAUUGUCUUUUUUUUGGGUGAUGAAUAAAACGCAGGUGAAAGUUUUAAGAUCA